AUGUCGGACAGUGGAAAGAACAGUCACUAUAAUCCUUUUCGCACCGAGUCCAGUGCGGAGUUCGCCCUGGAAUGUACCGUGGCGACGUUUAUCGGCAUCGCAUGGUAUAAUGCCAUCGAACUCGUCGUCUUGUGUUUCACCACAUUCAAACGAUAUGGGGGAUGUUAUUUUUGGAGUCUGGUGAUAGCCUCGAUCAGCAUCGUCCCCUUCGCACUGGGCUAUGCGCUACUCAUCUUUAAAAUCUUCCCCAGUUACUUCUCUGUCGCCCUCGAGGUUGUUGGAUGGUGGGGCAUGGUCACCGGCCAAUCCAUGGUUCUGUGGUCUCGAUUACAUCUGGUCGUUCACAGCCGCAGGAUUUUGCGCUGGACCUUGAUCAUGAUUAUCACAGAUGCCAUUCUGUUUCAUGUCCCUGCGUCGGUCCUUGAGUUUGGCGCGCAUUCCGACAACCAUCCCGAUUUCAAUCCGGCCUUUGACAUCUUCGAACGGAUUCAGCUAGUGGCCUUCUCUGUGCAAGAGAUUGUAUUAUCGGCCAUCUAUGCUUGGGCCGCAGUUGAGAUGCUGAAACUAACGCCACGGGGCCAGUAUAAAGGCAUCCUGGUCCAUCUCCUACUGAUUAAUUUUGUAAUGAUCGGCAUGGACGCGGCGGUCGUGGGGGUGCAAUAUGCAGGCUUCUUUCGGAUCCAUGUAUCCCUGAAAGCCAUGUUCUACAGUGUGAAGCUGAAGAUGGAGUAUGCAAUCCUGGGAAGAUUGGUUCAUGUCGCUGCCGUUCCGGUGCAUGCCCUAUCGAGCUACACUCCGACCGAACGAUCCAGUUCUGUAUCACACAUAUGA